AUGUUCCAUCCAUUCUCAAUGCAAGGCAACAGAUUUCUCAACAACAACAAAAAUGCAAGUCAACAGAUACAUAUCAUUAGAUCUACUACUGCUUUUAGAUGCGUGCAAACUGCUUUUAAUUAUAAAUUGGCCCGUGUAGAUGGACGGACUAGUGGGCUGCUUUCGUGUCUUUAUUUUCUUGUCAUUUUUGGGUGGGCUAGGCAGGAGAGUGGCGGGCCUUGA